GCGAUCAAUAUAGGCUUCAGAUCGAGGGGGUUAGAUUAGAUCAGCCUGACAGGCAAAGGAAGAGACGCAGUAACUGAAAGCGACUGAAUACAAUGGGUACGGUGCUUUGCUGGGGACCAAUGCUAUGACAAGAGGAGCACAUUUUGUUUCGCUACGACAUCAUCCCAAGUUGUCACAUUGAAAAGAAGUCUGAAACAAGUGUCAGAAAGUCUUGCUCAGCAGAAAUUCAGCUCAGGAUGUACCAUGAAGACGGCGCAAACUCUCUCAGACCACGAUAUGGAUCCAUUGUGGACGAUGAGAGGCUCUCGGCAGAAGAAAUGGAUGAAAGGAGGAAACAGAAUAUCGCAUAUGAAUACCUUUGUCACCUAGAAGAAGCCAAACAAUGGAUGGAGGCAUGUCUGGAGGAGGAGCUGCCUCCAACCACAGAACUGGAGGAUGGUUUGCAGAAUGGGGUCUACCUUGGAAAACUGGCCAAGUUCUUCGCCCCUGAAUUGGUAUCGGAGAAGAAGAUUUAUGACAGGGACCAAACUCGUUAUAAGCGCUCAGGACUACACUUCAGACACACAGAUAACACUGUGCAGUGGCUCAGAGCCAUGGAGUCUGUGGGUUUGCCUAAGAUAUUCUAUCCUGAGACAACCGAUGUGUAUGAUCGCAAGAAUAUGCCCAAAGUCAUCUACUGCAUACAUGCACUGAGUUUGUAUCUCUACAAAUUGGGAAUUGCCCCUCAGAUCCAGGACCUGUUGGGGAAAGUAGACUUCACAGAGGAGGAGAUCAGUAAUAUGAGGAAGGAGCUGGAGAAAUAUGGCAUCCACAUGCCCACUUUCAGCAAGAUUGGUGGCAUCCUGGCCAAUGAGCUUUCAGUAGAUGAAGCAGCAUUACACGCUGCUGUCUUUGCCAUUAAUGAGGCCAUAGACAAAGGUCACGCAGAGAGCACAGUGGUAGCUCUGCAGAAUCCAAACGCCUUGCUGAGAAACACACAAACACCACUGGCCCAAGCCUACCAGGACACGCUAAGCAAAGCCAAGAGGAGGAAAGAGAAUCAGGCCUCGGGACGGCGCUCCUCUAUUGCUUCUGAAGAGAGGGAUGUAUAUGAAGAAUUACUGACGCAGCAGGAGAUCCAGAACAAUGUGGAUCUUGUGAACACAUCAGCAGCUGUUCAUCAAUUAAACCAGGCUAUUGAUGCUCAGGAUCAGAGAGCCCUCCUGGCCAGCCUUAUGUUACCUGCUCUUGGUCUUGUGGGAGUCAUUGACUCCAACUUACACUGCUACCUGGAGCACUUCACAUCUUACAGGGAACAUCAAGUUAAGGAUGCUGGUGCCAGUGCUCAGCUAGAAAGGGAAGAGAUUCAGAGGGUCAUCACCUCCUGUAACGAGUUUGCAGAGGCCGAGAGACGAAAGCAGGAGGCUGUUGCUGCAAUCAAUGCAGCUGUUCAGCACGGCAUUCCUGAAGAGACAGUGGAGGAGCUGCUGAACCCAGAGGCCCAGUUACCCAUCGUCUACCACACUGCUGCUAGCCUGUACCAGGCUGAGCUCUUCAGCCUGCAGAUUGGCUCUCAGAAUAAGACCGGUCUAACUCAUGAGGAGCUGUGUGUGGCUGUGGAGAUGCUUUCUGCUGUGUCUGUGUUAAAUGAGGUGUUGGACACUAAAGACUCUGUGGCUGUGAUUGAGCAGCUCAGUGACUCUCCACUGGGCUUCAGUAACCUGGACGCUGACAAUAUGCAGAGAUAUGCAGACACACUGAUCAGACUCAGAGCAGAGUCUCUCACCCAGGGACAAGAGUUCCUCACCUGGAAUGAUGUUCAGAAGUCCAUCGACACUGUAAACAUGCAGAUCCAUGAGGAGCAUGAGAGAGUCAUUGCUAUAGCUGAGAUCAAUGAAGCCCUAAAUUCUGGAGAUCCAGAGAAGACACUUGCCGCCCUGCUCCUCCCUACAGCUAAACUACAGGGAGUCAACCCCGCCAUGGCCAAACACUAUCAUGAUCUGCUGCUGCACACCAAGGACCUCAUCUGCAAGAAUUCAGGAGAUGAAUCUGCUGUACUGUGGCUUGACCAGAUCCAGGAUGCAGUGCAUAAAGCCAACCGGGACCAGGAGCAUGCAAUCAAAUUGGCUGAGGCAAUAGCAGACAUUAACAGGGCAAUAUCUGAGGGAGAUGCUAAGGUCACACUGGCUGCUUUGCAGUGUUCUGAUGCAGGUCUUAAAGGACUGCUGUCUGAAUGUGCUCAUAUCUAUCAGACUCAACUCUCUCUGUUGCAGACCACUCAAAUAGAACAAGGAACCAGUGGCAAUUUAUGGGUGAAACACAAGAUCAAGGAUAGAUAUGAUUACUUCUAUAACAUUGGAACCAAAGAAGGGACAUGGGUUGAGCCAGAUCAUUUUGGCCACGACAGCUCACAGCUCACCAAUGAAGAUAUACAGAGUAUUGUGAGUAGUGUAACAGCGGAGUAUAACAGAGAGCAGCUGUGGUUGGCCAAUGUGCCGCUCAUCAUCCAGCUGCAGGCUCUGAUUCGUGGAUACCUGGUGAGGUGGGCCCACAAGAAUAGACUGGAGUACUUACAAAACCAAGAGCCAAGUGUAAUCAAACUGCAGGCAUCCUGGAAGGGCUACAAACAAAGGAAGGCCUAUAAGGACAGAUUAAAGACCUUUCAAGACAGUGUGAACACUGUGAUUAAGUUACAGUCGCUGGUGAAAAUGUGGAAAACUAAACGAGGGUACACAAAGAGACUGCAGUACUUUAAAGACCACGAGAAAGAGAUAGUGAAGAUUCAAGCUUUCCUCAAAGCAAACAAAGCAAGAGUUGACUACAGAACUUUAACUGGUGCUCAGCACCCCCCUCUCUCAGUGGUGCGUAAAUUUGUACACUUGCUGGAACAAAGUAGCCUCGAUCUACAGGAGGAACAGGACGUGACACGGCUCAGAGAGGAAGUGGUCACCAAGAUUCGUGCUAAUCAGCAAAUGGAGAAGGAUCUGAAUUUGAUGGACAUUAAAAUUGGCCUGUUAGUAAAGAACAGGAUCACACUGCAGGAUGUGGUGUCACACAGCAAAACGAUGAAAAGCAAAAAGAACAAAAUGAGUAAAGAGGAUUGGGCCAUGGGAGAGAGGCAGGGCAUCAAGGGCCUAAGCAAAGACAAGAGGAAGAAACUGGAGGCCUACCAGCAUCUCUUUUACCUUCUACAGACCAACCCAUCAUACCUCGCCAAGCUAAUCUUCCAAAUGCCCCAGAACAAAUCCACCAAGUUUAUGGACACUGUAAUCUUCACUUUGUAUAACUAUGCAUCUAACCAACGUGAAGAAUACCUGCUACUGAAGCUUUUUGAGUCAGCUUUGCGAGAGGAGAUCAAAUCUAAGGUGGAUCAUAUCCAGGAAAUAGUGACAGGGAACCCUACAGUCAUAAAGAUGGUUUUGAGCUUUUACCGUGGUGCUCGCGGUCAGAACGCCCUCAGACAGCUGCUGGGCCCUGUGGUUAAAGAGAUCAUCGAGGACAAGAACCUGGGCAUUAACACUAACCCUGUAGACAUCUACAAGGCCUGGGUUAAUCAACUAGAGACAGCUACAGGAGAGGCCAGUAAGCUGCCAUAUGAGGUCACACCAGAGCAGGCUUUCUCACAUGAGGAAGUGAGGGCCAAACUGGAAUGCUCCAAUCAGAUACUCCGUACAGUCACAGACAAAGUACUCGGCUCUAUCAUGUCAUCGCUGGACACAAUCCCUUAUGGCAUGAGAUAUAUUGCUAAAGUUCUAAAGGACGCACUUCAUGAGAAAUUCCCUGACGCCACAGAGGACGAAUUAUUAAAGAUUGUAGGGACUCUACUCUAUUACCGUUACAUGAACCCUGCCAUUGUGGCUCCAGAUGGCUUUGACAUCAUUGACAUGACUGCUGGAGGGCAGGUGCACUCAGAGCAGAGGAGGAACCUGGCUUCAGUGGCCAAGAUGCUACAGCAUGCUGCCGCCAACAAGCUAUUUGAGGAUGAGAGUGACCACCUUACCGCCAUGAACAGCUACAUCUCACAGACCUACCAAAGGUUCAGGGGAUUUUUCCAGGCAGCUUGUGAUGUCCCAGCUCCAGAGGAGAAGUUUAACGUGGAUGAGUACUCUGACAUGGUGACACUCAGCAAACCUGUCAUCUACAUCUCAAUUGAGGAAAUCAUCAACACACACUCACUGGUGUUGGAACAUAAGGAAGCUAUUGCUCCAGAUCACAGUGAUCUUCUGCAUGAACUCCUGAAAGACCUGGCGGAUGUUCCUGAUGUCGAGUCACUACUGGGGGAAGGUGCUGUGGAUCCAAAUGACCCCAACAAGGAGAAUUCAAAGAGUCAACUGGCCAAAACUGAGAUCUCCCUCACCCUCACCAACAAGUUUGAGCUGGUAGAUGGAGAUGACAAGGACAUGAAGGGAUUAAUGGUGAAAACAAAGAAACUGAUAGUGGAUGUUGUGAGAAUUCAACCGGGGGAGACGCUGACCAAUAUCCUGGAAACUCCAGCCUCUGCUGCACAGGAGUCAGAGCAUGCUAAGCUAGUGGAGCGACAAGUGGUGCAGGAUGCUCAGACCCCAGAGGGUUUGAAGAGCAGCCAGGCCAUGCUGGAGGACCGACAAUUACCUUUGGAGCAGAAGAAGAGGAAGAUCCUCAGGAAUCUGAGAACUCUGGAGCAAGCUGGUCUGGUCAAUUCAAAACACAAGUACCAGGAUGUCAUCAAUGACAUCUCCAAGGACAUCCGAUACCAGCGGCGCUACAGGCAGAGGAGGAAAGCAGAGUUGGUAAAGUUGCAGCAGACUCUGACUGCACUCAACUCCAAGGCGGCUUUCUAUCAGGAACAGAUCAACUACUACGACACGUACAUCAAAACCUGCCUGGAUAACCUCAACAGAAAGAAUUCUCGCAGGUCCAUCAAACUGGACAGAAAGGAAGAGGUUAAGGGCAGUAAGAAGUCCAAGGUCCAAUCCCUGAAGUACACAGCUGCCAAACUGCACGAGAAAGGAGUAAUUCUGGAAAUUGAAGGCCUGCAGACAAAUCAGUUAAAAAAUGUAAUGUUUGACAUUUCUCCUUGUGAGGAAGUGGCUGACUUUGAAAUAAAGGCCAAGUUUAUGGGAGUUGAGAUGGAGAAGGUUCAACUGCAUUUCCAGGACCUGUUGCAGCUUCAGUACGAGGGAGUAGCUGUCAUGAAAAUGUUUGACAAGGCCAAAGUCAACGUCAACCUACUGAUCUUCCUUUUGAACAAAAAGUUCUAUGGAAAAUGAAAAGUCCUGUGGAGUUUUAAAAAUAGAAUUCAGUGCACAUAUGCUUUGAAUUAUUAAGUCGCUGUCAAAGUGUCAUAAUUUUAUAUGUUAGUUUACACAAAUUGUGCAAAAAAAAUUGAACGUGCCUUUGGUUUUUAGUUGGGUUUUUUUGUAAAAGAAAAUUCUCUGAGCAUUCAGGGCAUUUGUGCAACUGUUUUUGAAGGUCUUUGGUAUUAUAUUAACCAUAAAAUGAGAUCACUCUUAAGAAUUAUAUAUGAUGAUAUGCAGAUUAUACAUGCCAAGCUGUACAUAAAUCUCACUUUUACUUACUGAUACAUUGAAAGGGAUUUUAAUCAAUCUAUGAUAUAACCAACAAACGUUGAGCACAUUAGAUGAUGACUGGAAUUUCGUUUUUGAAGAUUGUGAAUGGAUUCUGUUUUUAAUGACAGGUAUAAUUGAAAUAUUAUAAAUAUAUACUGUAAAUAGUAGUAUAAGCAUGUUAUUAAAAAAUGAGGGACUAAUAAGAUGAAAUGAAUUUCAUAAUGCACUACUGCCAUGUGUCUGAUAAACUGGAUGAGCCUUUUGACAGGCCUGUGAUGAACUAGUGCCUUUAAUUUCCAAGUGCGUAGUUGUGCAUCUUUUAAAGAUAUGUAUUAAAAGGGCAUUCCCAAGAGUUUUCAGUAUUUUUUAAUCCAACAUUAAUUCAUGUCUACAGUUAAGAACUAUGUUAUUGAUUUAAAAAUAAACACUAUUUGUAUGUGUGUUUAUGUAUUUACAUAUAGGGGAGACCCAGGGGCAGGUUGCAUAACACUUUUUUAGACUAGUCUUAAUAGUUAGUUGUCUAAAUUUUGGUCUUAACCUUUCCAGUCAAUUGCAUAAAAACUUGGAUCAGUCUAAUUUAAGACCGAAAUGUAAGACAGCAGACCCCACAGGAUAACUUUUGUUUACAUUCCAUGUUGCCAUGGAAAAUAACUGUCAGCUGAGCCAGUGGGGGCUUCAGUUGAGGGCUGAAAGGGGCAUGAGUUGAGACUUUGAAGAAGACUUUGACUUCUACGAUGGAAACAAAACUUGUGUUUUUUAUUAUUUGAGUUAAAAUCACUCAAUUUGUUCAUUAGAAUCAAUUCUGAAGAAUUGUAUUCCUCUAAUAAGCAAAUAUUUUCAGCGAAUUAGAGCAUCCACAGUCGGCCAUUUUAUUUAAGCUGUUCAGUGUCUUACUUUUCCCACAAUACGAAGCGAAUUAAACUUACUAAAGACACCUGUGAGCUUGUUUUAUGCAACAGGCUUUCUAUGGUGUCUUUAGCUAGUCAGACUAAUUGUUAGAUGAAGUCUUAAGUUCAUGGCUAUGUUUAUGCAACCGGCCCCUGGAGCUGGAUUCAUGAAACAUUCUUAAGAAGAAAUUUCUUCUUAACUACCAUUUUCUUAAUUUCUAACUUAAGAAAAGAAGUUAAGGAUAUUUUGUAUUCCUGAAAAACUUCUUAAGAAAGUUCUAAUCUUUUUUUCUUGAGAUUGUUCUUAAGAAAAACCUUAAGAAGCAUUCCAAUUCUUGAGAAAAAAAUCGUCGUAAAUAACAUCUUCAAGUUAGGAUAACCUCACAGUUGUCUUAAAUUCUAAAAGGUAAGAUGUUUAAUUAAUUUACUGGGUUUUUCAUGUUGAGUCUCGAGUCGCAAUGGGCUGUUUCCGUAGAAAUGUGAUUUUAGACCAAAUAACGUUGUAAAUGUUAUCACUAAAUUCAAACAAUAAAUGUUGUUUUGAAGCUUCUUAA